GCCGUCCUCCCGGCCUGCAGAGCGGCGGGGCUGCCUCUCCAGGUGUGCGCUGCGGGGGACAGUGGCGUGUGUUCUUGACGCCUCCCCACUCUCGCCGGGUCGCUCGGGAGGACACACGCGCCCCCGCUGGCGAGGAGAAUUAAGUGUUACGUGCGUGGACCGGCUUUCUAAUCUCUGAUCUCUUGGAUUAUACUGAUGGACGGGACUUAACGUGUCCAUGUUUCCACUUUAGCGCUAUUUUACGCACCACUUUGCGCGCUCGCGUUUGUGCCCUAAAAAUGGAUUAAUCCCCAGAUUUUAUUUAUUUUUUUUGUUAUUGUUGUUGGGGGUUUUUUUGGGUGAGGGGUACAGGAGUGUGAGGCGUUUGCCAUGUUUUUUUUUAUUUGCACUCUUCAGAUUUUUGUGGAUUACUACGGCAUGCCGAAUAACGACGAUGAGCUUUUUGUCUCUGGAUCGAGUGGAAGCGCGUUGGAUUAAAAGCCAGAAACUCCCCAAAGCUCUCGGAGAAGAUCCACCCGUUUGUUCCCGGGACGCACUUUGAGUUGUGUAGUUUUUUCUUCUUCUUUUUAUUUAUUUAUUUACUUUCUUUUUCACCUUCACACACCGGGAUGGAGAUGGAGCUGAGACCCAGGCUUUGCUUUCUGAUCAAAGGACAGCGCGGAUAUGGCUUCCACCUGCACGGCGAGAAGAAGAAAGGCGGACAGUUCAUCCGCACCGUGGAGCCCGGCUCCCCUGCUGACCUGGCCGGGCUCCGGCCGGGGGAUCGACUGGUGGAGGUGAACGGGGAGAACGUGGAGAAAGAAAGUCACCAUCAGGUGGUCAACCGCAUCUGUGCGACGCCCCACCACACCAGGCUGCUGGUAGUCGACAGAGAAACGGAUGACUACCUGCGGAGCCAGGGACUGGCCUGCACAGAGGACCAGGCCGUUGAAAUGGGGAACCUCUCCCCUCGCCCGUCCCCCAAGCCCACGCCCUCAGCGUCACCCGUGCCAAGAGAGGGCUCCCCGCUGUUUCUCAAAUCCAACCUUAGAUACUUCUUCAAUUUUCCUGCUGCAGACUCGCCCACUCGGGUAUCCCCUGAAAACAAGGACGCGAGAGCCUCGACGACGUCGAGUUCAGCGCCAGACAGCGAGGUGGAGUCGUCCCCCGAGCCGACGGUGGAGCUCCUCCCUCGACUGUGCCGCCUGGUGAAGGGGGAGAACGGCUACUGCUUCAACCUGCAGAGCGACAAGAAGAAAGGCGGCCAGUUCGUCCGCUCUGUGGACCCCAACUCACCCGCAGACAGAGCUGGCCUCCGGACUGGAGACAGACUAGUGGAGGUAAACGGCGUAAACACGAAGGGCCUGCGGCACUCGGAGGUGGUGGCGCUCAUCAGAUCCAGAGGGGACGAAGUCAACCUUCUGGUGGUCGACCAGGAAACAGACGAACUCUUCCGCAGACUGGGAAUCACCCCAACCACCGCCCACACCAAAGAGGUCUACGUGGACGAAAGGCGUGCAGAAAGCACCCCGCCGACCCCGUCACCGACCCCUGAGCUCCCCGCGUCGGACGCGCCCAUCAUCAGCGUCACCCUGACAGAGUCCGACAUUGCAAACACGUCUCCCAAAUCCCGAGCCCACGGCAGCUCGGCGUCUCACUCCUCCAGGAGCUCCACCACCCAGUCAGAGAUCAGCAGCUCAGACAUGAGCUUCCAGGUUCCUGAAGAUGACGACAGGCGCAUUUCAGACCCCUUAGUGGAGAACGGCCUGCGCCUGAGUCCCACCGCUGCCGAGGCGAGACAGAAGGUCCUCGCCACCCGCAGCAAGAAGAGAGCGCCCCCUAUGGACUGGAGCAGGAAGCAGGAGCUCUUCAGCAACUUUUGAACCGAGAAAUCCGAGUGAAUCUGCACUAUUUAUACCGAAAACAAACUCUUCCAUCUUCUGCACGUGUGGAGAGAAAUAUAAAUAAGAGGUAGUUUCUGUUUAGUGUGAAAUCAGCCCAUAAUAUCAAAUAUUAUUCUCAAUGUGUACAGUUAGCUCUGAAAGUAAACACAUUUUCGUGCAUGCAAUGCGUUACAGGAGAAGAACAUUUGACUGUUCAGUGAGACUCUUUAAUGAGAUGCCGAGUUAAAGCUGGCAUGGGAAAUAAACUGCAACUCAUCACUCAUCUGCUUCUAAGUUUUAAAACUCCUAUAAGCAAAUUUCCUGUUCAACAAAGAGUAGAUGGACAUGUAAAAACUGCUUUAGUGCACGAAAGUCUUGCAGGAUGAGGAGCAGAUCUCUUGCUGUCAACAGCUUUACUGCAAGGACAUCAACCAGAAGAAACCUUUCUGAAGGAAUAUUCAAAUAGGUUUUAUCUGCACCACGGAAACUUUCUUACGGGGCCUGAUCUGUGUCAAGAAUUUGUCAGGCUUGCCGUUUUUCUCCGUAAUCUGUCAGCAUCUGAUUUUAUUUUUCUGUUGUAAAGAUAUGUGAAGGACGUUGAUAUCAAAAACAGGAAGUAAGCAUGCAACAUUAUGCAAUGUUUGUCGCCUGAGGGUUGUGUUAAUAGCAGAACAUUUCCAGCAUCCGUUUAGAUGAAAGUUUCUUGAAAUGUGUUGUUGAGAAGAACCUGAUUUGAUUUAUGUCAAAUACAGCAUUUUUCCGUAAUAGAUGCCGUGUAACUUUAAACGUGCGCACAGAACGAAUGAUUAGUCUAGUUUAUAAAAUAAAUAACGACGGAUCAAAUUUAGUUGGUAUGUUUUGGAUGGCAAUACUGUUAAAUUAGUGCUUUUUAUUACACACUUCAUUUUAUUUUUCAAAACAUUUCUCCACCUGCCUUUGGUUUAAACAUUUAACAGUGUGAAUAAACUUUUAGAAUUUG